CACCGUAUUAUUAAAAAAAAAUGUGGUCAUGACAACCGAUGUGAAACUGAACCGAAAUAAAAAACAAUUUUAUUUCAUUAAUAAAACUGAUGUAUAUAGUGACAACGUACUCUAUAUAUUCGAAGAAAUGAUAAUGUUUCACUUAUGGUCGGUUCUACAGUGGUACCUGCGACCUUUCAUCAAAUGGUUCCUCAGAAAAACUACGAAGUUGUGUGAGCUACAGAGAAUUUGUUACGGUGAUAAACCUGGGGCUGAAAGAACGCGAAAUGUGGAGAAAUCAUUGAUGCUAUCUCGUACCCGAGAUGUGCAAGAGGUCGUAACGUUUUUAGACACUGUUGUGCGUGAAAGGAGAUUUGUUGCUCGUAAUUUUCGUGAAAUCUUAGACCCGUCAAUUAAUAUCAUUGUCAGGGUAAAGAAAAUAAAUCCAAAACUACAUGGGCCUUUUGUAGUAUCUUUCCGACGAUGCUUAGAACAAAUCUGGAGCUAUAAAUGUUUGGUAGACGACGUCGAAAGGCUACGACAGACACAGUUUGACAGCAACAAUGAUGAGCAUGAGAAUAAAUUGCUUAAAUUGUGGUCCCUUCUAGUGCCCCAUGUUACCCUUGACGCAAGGGUGACAAAGCAAUGGCAAUACAUAGGAUUCCAAGGUGAUGAUCCAAAAACAGAUUUCCGUGGAAUGGGCAUCCUUGGACUGGAUAAUCUUCUAUAUUUUGCUAUGGAGUAUCCUCAAAUAUCAAGCCAUGUGUUAAGUCACUCACUGCAUCCCAAAUAUGGCUACACCUAUGCUAUAGUAGGUAUUAAUAUCACAUCUAUGGCAUAUUUUUUACUAAAAGAUGGUUCUGCUAAAACUUAUAUGUUUAAUGCGAAGCAAUAUUUACCUAAUGUGAACCUAUUCCACAAAUUUUAUUGUUACUUAUUUUACGAAUUUGAUAAAAUGUGGAUAGAGUCAAAACCGGAAAACAUAAUGGAGUUUUCUGAAAUUUUUAAGAGGUUUGAAAAUGCGGUUAGAAUGGCUCUGGCUGAUCCUGCUUCAGUAUUUAGAAUAAAUAUUAAUGUUGACAAUGUUUAAAUUAAAUUUGACCCACCAGCUAAUAAUGCUAGUGUUAUUCAGAUCACUUAAUUAUUUAAUACCACAAAAUAUUCUAGGUAGCACAUGAGACAGAGUGACAAUAAUGAAUUUAAAGGUGAUACUUAAAUAAUACACAACAUAAUUAUUAUGUUAUUUGCUAAUAACACGAGCUUACAUAAUAAUCUAAGUCAACAACUUAGAUUUUUUGAUGGAUUGAGGUUUUUUUUUUUUAUGUAGUUAGUUACAUAUUAUUAUGACAAACAUAACUUAUUUUCAAUGUAAAGAUAACAGAGAAAUUACAUACAAAAUUAGAGAUAUUAAUGUGGACCAUUAAUUAAGAUUAACAUAAUUUUUAUUUCUGAUCUCUUCCUUGACUAAUAAAAAUAACCGUAAGCUCUUGAAAUAGUGCAAUACUUAGGACAACUAAGUUAAGAGUUUAGUUUUUGCUGUACACAAACAAACAACUUAUGUUUAGUCACUGUGUAUAAGUUUUAUGUUGGGUUGGUUUAGUAUAUACCCAAACAAAGUCAAUUAUUUUAAUUUAUGUCCGAAAUAUAUUAUACUCAUUUUAUUAUGCUUCAAAUUGAUAUUCUGUGAUUGUUAAUCAUUUUAAUCCUGAGUACCUAUUUUAAUAAUACUGAUGAAACCUGCAUUUUUUUUCAAGGCAAUAAUUUAUUUCUAAAUAAUGUUAAUGCACGAUUUUGCUUAAAAGAAAAAACAUGAUGCUUCUUGCACUGCUGACAUGAUUUGUCAAAUACUACACUUAUCUAUAGUAAUAUAAUAACGGGAAAACAUUUAUUUAUUUGCAUAUACCCUAAAGUUCCGAAACUACUGGACCAAUUGGAAAAGUUCAUUCACUGUUGGGAAGGUAGACUACCUCGAGAGUAACGUACAAUUAUCUUUUGUCUGAGUAUGGGAAAUAGUUACAUCGGGACGCGGGUAAAACCGCGGGAAAACAGCUUGUUUUCUAGCGUCACUGGCUGUAUAAUUUUAUAGGGUAGUUAGGUUUUUUACAGAAUACUAAUUUUCAUUUAUUUUUUUAAAUUAUAUGGAUGGAAAUUAAAGCAAUGCCAGCAAUCUAUGACUACUUUUUAAAAUUAGGAUAUUUAUGAUAGAAUGCCAUCACAAGAGCAAAAUAAUCACAACUAGAUCAAAUGCUUAUGCGCGUCUAAAAGGGCCAUGCAAUCUUGGCAAAAAUGUUUUAUGCACAUUCACGUCCGCGCAAGCUAUGGCUGAGGCAUGUCCUGUAAUAUGGUAGAUGCAGACUCUUAAACGAGCUACACAAAUUUAUCCAUAUAUGUAUUGCCAUCCUGGAAAUGUUUGACAAAUAUUACCAGGGCAUUACUGCAAUAUUGCAGUCUGGCUGGUAUUGCUUGCAAUGUUGCUGGCUAGUGGCCACUGUGCAGCCACAUAUUGCAUAAAAAUGUAGCCCAUCUAGACAUCGCGCCUUCAACAUGUACAAUAUUAAUAUAGACGAAAUGUUGCAAUAUUUGGUAUGUUGGGUGUUUAUCAGAUAAUAAUUAGUAAAAGUAUGAAUUAAUUUAUGAUGUAACAUGAGUGUUGUAUGUGGCUUUUGCUAUUUAUUUAUUUAUUAAGAAAAAUGCACAUAUUAAAAGUGUUGGACUUAA